GGUUGUGCAUUGCGAAGAAGAUAACGCUGAGUUGCAUAUGUUUGUACCUUUGUUUGGACCUUCCUCUUGCUUUUUACAUGGUUAUUUGGCAAUAUUCCUCGGAUUGAAGUUUCUUAGUUUAUUUGCAGUAGCCUAUCCAACAGGGUGAUGAACUAGGCCCAAGUAAAACUUUUACAUUAUUAAACAAGCUAACUAGAUCAGGGUCAAAGUACUGUAGAUGAUGCAGAGGCCUGAAAGACUCCCAGUCUUAGAAUAUUUUUAAAGAACAUCCUUUACUCAUUCUUACUCAAAUCUCUGAGAGAACUCUUGUUUGGACACAGGAAUCAUGGGAAAUACCAGCAGUGAGAGGGGCAGUAUGGGCCAUGGAGAGAAGACGCACCGACGGGACAGUCGGGGAGCUAAGGAGGGGGAUCGGCCAAAAAUCUUAAUGGACAGCUCUGAGGAUGCAGACAUCUUUCAUACAGAGGACUUAAAGGCUCCUGAGAAAGCAGAGUUCCUAGCUUGGCGUCAGGACCUUGAGGCCAAUGACAAGGGCCCCACUCAUGCUCGACCCACCGUGUUUCGCUGGAAAGGUGCUGGCAAAGAUAUCUUCCUUUCUGGAUCGUUCAACAACUGGGCCAACAAGAUCCCCCUGACCAAGAGUCACAACAACUUUGUGGCAAUACUGGAUCUUCCCGAAGGAGAGCACCAGUACAAGUUCUAUGUUGAUGGACAGUGGACCCAUGAUCCAGCAGAGCCUACCGUGACCAACCACCUGGGCACAGUGAAUAAUGUUAUCCAGGUGAAGCAGACGGACUUUGAGGUGUUCGAUGCUCUUAUGGUUGACUCGCAGAAGUGCUCCGAUAUGUCAGACCUGUCCAGCUCCCCCCCUGGGCCAUACCACCAGGACCCCUACGUGUGCAAACUGGAGGAGAAGUUCAAAUCCCCUCCCAUUCUGCCUCCUCACCUACUGCAGGUCAUCCUCAACAAGGACACUGGAAUCUCUUGUGACCCUGCUUUACUCCCAGAGCCCAACCAUGUGAUGCUCAAUCACCUGUAUGCCUUGUCCAUCAAGGAUGGUGUUAUGGUCCUCAGUGCCACCCACCGUUACAAGAAGAAGUAUGUUACUACUCUGCUCUACAAGCCCAUAUGACCAAAGGAGACCCCAAAUUCCUUAGCAUACAUCUUACUCAUUUAAUAGUAGUUUUUUAAGGACAUUUUUUCUUUCUUUCUUAAUCAACAAAGAGUCUUCCGUCAUUCCUUCACAAGUGCUCUUGUGUAAAAGUUUCUCCAUCCUCUUUCCCGUUCGUCCGUUGGUCCAAUCAUGGCUGUAGGCUCUUGGUCAUGGUCAUGUGACGUCAUGACUGUUCGGACACCCUUUCUCCCUUUCCAUGGCAGUGCUAUAAAAAUUGCAGAUACAUCCACAAUUGGUUGUAGUAGUGUCAGGUGUUCUGUGAAUGGGAGGGGCCUCGACAAGGGCUAUAUUAGGCCUAAACAUUACCAAAAGUGCCUGAGUUAACUAUACAUAAUAAAGGGUGUGUGUGCUGGAUUUGAUUGGUGGGGCUUGAAUGUGCUGAGGAAAUGAAAGGAAGUACUUUUAAUGUACAGGACAGGACCAUAGACCAAGAAACAAUCAGCUUUGGAAGCACCAUCACACAGGCCUGGGCCUGCACUGUAGGGCCUCAGGAGUGCCACCUCACUGUGUGUUGGUUUGUGGGGAUUCUAAACCUCAUUUCUACCCCCCGGUGAAGACUACUAUUGUUAAUUUUUAAAUUAAGCUGGACUGUAAUUUGUGCUGUGAAACUGGGCUGUAUUGAAUUAAUGCAGCGAUGCCAUUGUGGCCUUGAGUUGUGAGGUGGCAGGUUGUCAACAUUCGUGUGGACUGCUUCACCUCCUGUCAGACCCUUGAAAAUCCACGAGGCUUGGAGCCACUGGUCGUAUGUACAGCAUGUAUACCCUUCUUAAAGUAAUCUAAAGCUCUCAUAAACAAGCCAUAGAUCUCAAAAGUCUGAAUUGUGUGCUCAUUUGUAUUUCAUCCAAAUCCUUAUAUUUUACUGCUGCAAGUCUAUAUUCUACUGUGAUGGAUAACUCAUGGAAAAUAUGCCAAAUUUAAGAGGUCAUUCUUUUUUAUUACACCUGCUGAUAUAUGUGAGCUCGCAAACUCACUAGCUUGAUCAUUUAUUAUCAAGUUCAGCAAUAUCGGUGUGUUGACACUGGGAAAAAAUUAGCCGGCUUUCAGAGUGAUACAGCAUUCUCGCUGCCAAAGCUUAUUUUAGACGGAAGACAAGAGCGUCUAUAAGUGUGUCCAUGCACGUAGUACAUAUUUUUGAAGUAAUCCCUUUCUAAAUGUAUUUCCCUCCUCACAAAAUUUUGCCAGUUUUGAGGGAAUGUAUCUAUGGUAGCUAUACAAUCUUUCAUUGAUCCUUAAAAAGUAAUGGAAAUAUAUAUUUGAUGUGAAUCAUAGCCCUGUGUUUUUUUCAAGUGUAUGGAGACCUGAAUAAACAAACUGAACACUCUGUUCCUGUGGAAGAUAUCAGUGUGUGAUUUUGAGACUCAAUACAGCUGGCAGCAGGGAAACUGGCCACCUGUUCCAUCUAAAACACACAGACACACAGGUCAAACAAUGUGCUACCUUGUCUCAUGUUUUUCUUUUCCUUUUUUGUAAUGAAAAAGCUGUAGUUUUGGAAAUGUGUGUACUUGGACACUUUUCAUGGCCAUGUGGCUGAAUAAACGUUUGUAUACCA